CUCGAGCAACAGUGCGCAACACUAUUGACAAAGAUGCUGUGCCAGUGAGUGUCGACUUGUCAAAAACAGAUUUGUUUAGAAUUUCUAGAAAGAGAACCUUUAAACUUGUGAAUUAUUACCAUAUGUGUGGCAAGCAGGGUUUUCAUUAGUUUGUAAUAAGUUGAUCCCUGGAACUGAUCACAAUGUCUCAAAGGGAUCCAGGACCUAUACCCAAUAGGUGGUUGAGGUGCCCACGAAAGGCAACGGGACUCGUUGCUGAUAAGUUUAUGGCUUUCAAGACUCCUUUGGGAUCUCAAUUCAAUGACAAAGUACCUGAAGAAAACCGUUUCACGCCAUCCAUGUUGUUUGUUUACAUGAAAAGCAUGAAAAUCCAACUGGGUCUAUGGAUUGAUCUGACAAACACCAGUCGGUUUUAUAACAAGGCAGAAGUAGAAGAAGCAGGAUGUAAGUAUGUGAAAAUGCAAUGCAGAGGACAUGGAGAAACACCUUCACCUGAACAGACCAGAGAAUUCAUCAACUUGGUAGCAAGAUUUAUAAGCCAGAAGCCUCUAGAGUUUAUCGGUGUCCACUGCACCCAUGGUUUCAAUAGGACAGGCUUCCUACUGGUCUCAUACAUGGUGGAACAUUUGGACUGCAGUGUUCAAGCCGCUAUCAAUGAAUUUGCUAGGAUGAGGCCCCCUGGUAUAUACAAGCAGGAUUACUUACAAGAGUUGUUCCGUCGAUAUGAUGAGAUAGAGUUGACCCCCGCAGCACCCGCCCUGCCUGAUUGGUGUCAUGAAGAAGAAGAGGAUUUCGAUGACGAUGUCCCCAGUAAUUCUACAAACACCUCAACAUCCAAUCCACGCAAGCACAAAGGCAAAGGAAGACGGGAGACCACCCACAAGAAGGCCACAUUCAUGCCAGGAGUCAGAGGCGUAGAGCCCUUCGACACCCAGCCUCGGCUUAGUGAAGUACAGAAGAAGGCUCAGCAGUUCUGUGAGUGGAACACCACUGGGUUCCCGGGUUCACAGCCCGUGUCUAUGGAUAUGGUGAAUCUGAGGAAAUUGCAUGAGAAACCUUAUAGGGUCUCGUGGAAAGCUGAUGGUGUUAGGUAUAUGAUGUUAAUCGACGGUGAAGGCGAAGUAUACAUGUUGGACCGAGACAACUGCGUGUUCAAAGUGUUCGGCCUUCGAUUCCCGCACAGAAAGGAUCUAAGAAGACAUUUGAAGAAUACUCUACUUGAUGGCGAAAUGGUGAUAGAUAAAGUGGACAACAAGGACAUACCUCGGUACUUGUGCUAUGAUGUCAUCAGCUUCGAAGGGACUGAUACAGGCAGAAUGGAGUUCUACCCAACUAGACUGAGUUACAUCGAAAAUGAAAUCGUUAAUCCUAGGCACCAAGCUAUGAAGGAAGGUAAAAUCAAAAAGGAACAGGAACCGUUCAGUAUACGGCUGAAACAAUUCUGGGAGCUGCCGAUGGCCAGACAGCUGUUAGGAGAGAAGUUUGCUAAGACAUUGUCUCAUGAGCCCGAUGGACUUAUAUUCCAGCCUUCUAAGGAGAGGUACAUAGCGGGCCCCUGCGAAGACGUGCUGAAGUGGAAGCCCAGUCACAUGAACAGUGUAGACUUUAAGUUAAAAAUUGUUACACAGGGUGGACAGGGAAUUCUGCCAACAAAAGUGGGGUACUUAUACGUGGGUAAAAUGGACCAGCCCUUCGCUUCAAUGAAAGUGACGAAAGACAUCAAACACCUCGACAAUAAAAUUAUAGAGUGCACCUUCGAGAACGGACGCUGGGUCUUCAUGAGGGAGCGGACUGACAAAUCUUUUCCUAAUAGUUUUAAUACUGCGUCUUCCGUCUGCGAAAGCAUAAAGGAUCCAGUUACCAAGGAGAUCUUACUGGACUACAUAGACAACCAUAGAUUCCACGACGAUUCGGAUAUGAUGCCGCCUCCCAAACGCAUGCGUCGAUAGCCCAAUAUACAUUGUAGACACAUAAUAAAAGAUGGCGCGAUUGUCUUAUUUAUUUCUACAACUGCGUAAUUAUAUCGUCGAGUUGAGAUUUUAAAUGUCUGAAAUUAUUUAUUCACCGGAAAAAUUUAAAAAUCGUUUUACCCUUCAGUGUACGGAACCCUAAAAAGAAUAUAAUGAAUCCUAUUGUUCUUGAUCUCGUAAAUAGCAAUCAUAUCUGGUUGUGGCUCCCUGAAACCUUAUUUAUUGUAUUGGUGCAGCUAAAUUAUUAAUUAAGAUUAUAAAUUAAUUGGCUAGUAAAUGAAUCAUUGAAAUGUAUCUUACCAGCAUGGGUCUGUUUCAUAACUUCAAAGUGUUAUCUAAUCAAUUUAAAAUGUGUGAAAUAUUUAUAAGUUAUUUAAUUUAAUAAUGAACUUAUUCGGAGCUCUACUAUGGCAACCGCUGAUUGGGCCAUAGACAAAUCCUCUUGGUGUUACCAUUUAAAAAUAAUGACAAUCGAGCUAUCAAUUCACUCAUUCAUGUUGAUAAAUAUAAUUUAAUAAAUAAGUUACUUAUGUAAUAAAAUAGUUUAUAAGAGCAAGGACAUAACAUCCAUGAAGCGUCGUCCUAAUUGGCAGCGAUCGCGCGAUGGCGCGAUGCGUUUUUCAUCUAAGACGUCGUCCUAAUUGACAGCGAUUGUACGAUGACACGAUGCGUUCUCGUCGUUCGAUGAGUUCAAACAUACAGAUUUCAUCAGAGUGUCCUAUUUGAACCUCGCAAGUGAGAUCGUGAGAUGAAAAACGCAUCGCGCGCCAUCGUGCGAUCGCUGCCAAUUAGGACGACGCCUGAAACCUUGUCGUAUUUUUUCGAAAUUCACAUUGUUGUGUUUUCUUUUUUUGUAAAAUGGAAUGUUAUGUUGUAUUAAACAUUAUGAAAUAAAAAAAAUGUAUGGAUAGUUAAUUUAUGGA